AAAAAAGAUGCGCGGGAUAUUAAGCACUUUAAGACCAAGCCAGCCGAUGAUGAGAUGCUGUUCCUCUACAGCCACUACAAACGAGUGACUAUAGGCAACAUAAAUACAGAAUGGCCCGGGAUGGUGGACUUCAAGGGCAAGGCCAAGUGAGAUCCCUGGAAUUAGCUGAAAGGGGCUGCCAAGGAAGAUCCCAUGAAAGCUAACGCUUACGUCAACAAAGUAGAAGAGUUAAAGAAAAAAUUCAGAAUAUGA